AUGUUAGUCUGCAAGGCUUGCAAAAAGCUAGUAACUGCUCUUUCUAUUAUUCUUUCCAUCGAUUCAGUGCUACUGAGUGAUGACUCGCUUCCGUUACCAUUAUUGGCCAUUCUACAAAAAAUUGAUGACCCUUCGCGUAUUCCACCUGCUGCCUUAGAGAGACGAUGUCGUGCAUUAAAAAAUCUUGGUCGUGGCCGAGGUCGGGGUUGGGGUAGAGGUCGGGGUGAUGAUAUUGUGUUGGAGGAAGCACCUCAAAUCUUGGAAGAUGAUGUGAUUGAUAAUGGUUUAGGGGAUGAUGAUGAUGCUGUUGAUGUUGAUCAGGCUGAGGAGGUACUUACUGGUCCGUUUCUUGGGGGGCCAUUAGAUCCAUCAAUACUGAAGAGCUUCAAGGCACAUAUUGCAGUAGCUAUAUGGGAGCAAAAGGAGAGGAAUCCCUUAAGGAUUGUCAUACCUGUAUUUGUUGAGCGAUGGCAACCAGAGACAAAUACUUUCCAUUUGACAGUUGAUGAGAUGACAAUGACAUUGGAUGAUGUGGGUACCAUUUUGGGGAUCCCUAUCACAGGUAGAUCAGUUAGUGCUACAACUUUGACAGAUCAACAGGCACAUACACUUGUGGUAGCUGCCUUGGGGGUUGAUGAUACUGAAGCAAUUGAGGAGCUACCAUCUGCUAAGGGAUAA